AACUUAAGGCGCACGGAAUAACACAAGUACCUGUUGCACUAUAUAAACUCUUUACGAUAAAAUUUGUCAUCCCUUUUUUAUAUACAACAUUCAGCAAAUAACAACUCACAGACGUUAUCUUCUCGUAACACCCGUUACCACUUCAUCGCAUUUAAGUAAUUGAAUAAUCUAUCUAUUCAUUGGAAAAUAAGUGACACAGUAACCAAUUGGUGAACGUUGCGUGAAAUGGAAUUUUUAAUGCAAUGAAAAUGAAAAUCGAUUUUAGUAGGAGCACUUUUCGAAAUUGUUGGUUUGAAACAAAAAUUGAAUUUGCUUCGAAUGAUGACCAAAUUGUUCAAAUGUAAACUUUUUUACCUAUCAGUACUUGGGUCACUAUAUAAAACGACGUAUCAAAAGACACAAUAAGACUUAAACCAUAAGAAAUUUACCAUUUAAAAUAAAUCGAAAGUCUCCCUACUAAAACAGAACUUUUCAAUGGUUUUGCGACGUUAUACCAUUUCUCUGUGCCAUAUCACUCCUCCGUUGACAGAGGUCGAGUUAACAUCUUUUCCAUUCGCACUACAAUAUGGACGAUCCUUUCAAACAGAUGAAAAAUCUGUUGGAACGCUCAAGAAGUGAAAAGAUCGAUUUGAGGACGUUGCCGUUUAUUCAAUCGAAUCUGAACUUAAAAAUCGUUAAUUUUAACCUGCGUGUAAUUGUGAUUGGUGCAGCACUGUUGCUGUUCGCGGUUUUGAAAGUGUAUCUAAACAACGAAGAAUGUGCAUUGGUGCUACCAUCAGAAUUGUCAAAGAUAUUUCGUCCACCCGUGAAUUGUAAUUUUUGUGAAAAUGUCACCGAAGUGGAUAGAGUUGCAAAUAUUUCACCCGACGAAUUCGAGCAAAGGUAUGCAUACACUGGCAGACCAGUAAUUGUUACCGACGCCACAUCAUCGUGGACAGCAUUGGAAACGUUCGACUUCUGGUAUUUCAAGGAGAUCUACGAGGAGGCAAGGAAACGGACGAACAAACUUGUAAAUUGCCAGUUCUUCCCAUAUAAAAGUGGAUUCAAAACUUUUUAUGAAGCGAUGAGCAUCCCGAAAGAGAGAGUUGACUAUCAACCAGGCACCGAUCCGUGGUACUUUGGAUGGAGCAAUUGCAACGAAGAUGUUGCGCAAAUACUCCGAGAACAUUAUGGCCGGCCGUACUUCUUGCCAAAGACUUCCGAAAAUAAUGCCAUUGAUUGGAUUUUCAUGGGUGGUUCAGGAUUAGGAGCUCAUAUGCACGUGGACAAUGUUCGGCUACCAUCUUGGCAAGCACAAAUUAAAGGAGAAAAAGAAUGGACGUUGGCACCACCACCAGAAUGCUACUAUCAAUGCAGUUUCAUGAAGGCCACCGUCUCCACUGGUGAUAUAAUUGUUCUCGACACAAACCGUUGGUAUCAUAAGACAAACGUACUCUCCGGUACUAUUAGCAUCACGAUCGGAGCGGAAUAUGACUAAGAACUCUUUAUGUAACCUGAAUGCAUAAUAAAAUCGUUUGAGAACAUUUACCUUGUCUUGAUUUUUACGAAUUUUUUAAUGUAGAAACUGACUGUUGCAGGUUGAGGAAGACCGAUUG